GUUGGAGUUUCCACAUCCACUUUCCACUUUGACUGUAGCCAUUCACGCUUGUUCCUCUGUUCUUUGUCCUUCCUCACUCUCCUCCUCCCUUUUCAGUCUUCUUCUCUGUCUAACUUUUGAGCUUUCGGAUUCAUCUCCAAUUUCGAUCUCUUUUCUCCAUAUUGGUGUUGAAAAUAUUUGUGUGAAGGAGAAGGGGUGGUUUAAUAUUUGUGGGUAAGGACAAAACAGCAUGCGGUGGUGGCUUAGUCUUUCUGUUGAUGUAUUCCGCAAAGGGAUUUCCUUGAAUCUGUAUUGCAAAGUGAUUCUGUAAUUUGUGUCGCGUGAUACCUUCUUCAUCUUAGAUAUCUUUGCGUCGUUUCCAUGGGAUCCAAUUUCUUUGUUGUUCUUCCUUGCUACGUCCGUCAGAUCAGCUGAAGGGUAGCAAAUUCUUCCAAAAAGAACUCAUCUUUCUCUCUAUAAAAUUUACUUAGUUUCCGUAAUCAUCCUUUUCCUUUGUAGGGGUGUGUGUUUUGUUAUUUGAAUUUCUUUAGGAACUUCACUUUGGGUAUCGUUUGUUUAUUUAAUCAAAAGUUUAAAACCUGUUGAACUGGCGUGGAAGUGUUCAGAUUAAUUGUCUUCAACAUAAAACUUUGGGUCUUGUAUUUUGAAUUGAAGAGGGUUGGGAAGUAGUUAUGGUUUGCCAAGCAGCGAGUCAAACUAGAUUUCGGGCAUUGAAACAUGAGAAUGGAACUGCGGGGAGCUCCACCAUUAUAGUUAGAGUUAUAGCAUGCUUUCAACCUCUCAGAGAAUGCCAGGCUGAAUAUUUCCGUCAUUUGCUCAAACCUGUCACGUAAUUGUUUUGCUUUGCUUUGUUUGGGUGGGUUAAGCCGGUUCUUUUAGUUGUUUUCCUUGUUCGUGAAAGAAAACUUUUGUAACAGAUAGUUCUCGUGUUGAAAUCGUUUUUCUUCAGGUGAUUGUUCUGAUUGAAUGGGAAAAGAUUGUGGAACUUGGAUACCGCAUCUACAAUUUGGAUGGCAAUCACCAAAUUUGAAUCCCCUUGAUGUGGGGAAGCAAAAUGGUAUUUCUGCAGCUAUGAACCCUGGUGUUAAUAUGAUCUCUAUUAAUGAGACAAUGCCAGCUUUUGCAUCCUCUGCACUGCCUUAUUUGCAGUUAGGAAAUUCCAAUGAACCACGUGGUUGGUUUUAUGGUUUGCCUCGCUUUAGACAGGGAUUUACUCCUGCUACAAACUUCACUGCUGAGGGAAAAACCCCUGAUGACCAUAUUAAGGGUUUUAGGGAGAAAAUUGCUCGCUAUGGUGGUUCAAGUACCCCUCAGAAACGAUUUCUUGUUAUUGACCAGACGGGUGGUCAAACAACUAUUGUUUAUAGUUCUAGGUUUGGGAGUCCCGGAGAGUGCAUUGCUUCUUGGCAUUCAAAUCUGCAUGGUGCUAACUAUAUGAGUAGAAAUGGACCUUCUUUUAGAACAGAUUUGAAUUUGAAUCAGAAUCCGAAUCAGAAUCAGAAUCAUAUGAUUGAGUCAACUUUGACCGAUAAAGUCAAUGAGAAUCAGGGCACUGGCAUUGAAAGUGAGAUGCAUGAAGACACGGAAGAAAUUAAUGCAUUGCUUUACUCGGACAGUGAUGACUAUUCUAGUGAGGAUGAUGAUGAAGUUACUAGCACAGGGCAUUCUCCCAGCACAAUGACCACCCAUGAUAACCCUGAAAUCUUUAGGGAAACUGCAGAAGAAGUUGCGAGCUCCACUGGGAAAACCAGGAAGAGGAAGCUUUUGGAUGGUUAUAAUGAUGACAUAAAACUCAUGGAUACCGCCACUUCUCUGAAUAUGAACAAAUCCUCUACGAUGGGAGAUGAUGCAGAAUCAAGAUGUUCUAGUAACAACAAUGAGGAAUCCUUUUCUGGCAAUAAGAAGAUGAAAAGGGAGAAGAUACGGAACGUUCUGAGUGCUCUGCAUCGCAUAAUUCCUGGCAGGAAGGAUAAGGACCCAGUUAUGCUCCUUGAUGAUGCCAUACGUUGCUUGAAAUCCUUGAAAUACAAGGCUAAAGCACUCGGACUUGAUGCCCCGUAAUUUGGAGAAUUCUUAGUCAGACAUGGCAUUAUUUGUGACCUAAGUAGUACUACUUUAUAGUGUAAGUUCUGGUCUGUUGGUGGUUGUUCAUACUUCAUGGAGUCUGCAGAAUAAACAAGGUAUGGUUGUGUUCAGGAGCUUGUGCAGUUGUACUCGUCAACUACUUGUUACUUGUGAAAUACUGAGUUUGGUUGGCUUCUGAAACCCUUCCUUAUUGAUCGAAUUGGAACUUGGAGAUCAGCUGGUAUGGUCAGUGUAAUUCAUGUGUAGCUGUGUGUAGAAUUCAGUGUAUUAAGAGCAAUAAAGGAUGAACGAAUCUUUCCUUCAAUGUCUUUGGCAAUGCAACACUCACAUUGGAGCAUGGGAUAUGUGAGCUAUUUUGAAUGAGAAGGUUGGUUAUUCCAGAUUAUCCAAAAAAUUAGUAAUGUGGGGCCCAAUCUUGCUUCCACUUUUUGUAUCCAUGUCAUGUUAAAUUCAAUCCUUUGUGGGUUUUGCCUUUUGUGAUCAGAGGAACAAAAUUUCACUUGCUGUGAGAUAGAUCUAGGUAACUUGGUGCUGUUGCCCCGGGUACACUUUCUCGUUCACAAAUUUCCAGUGCAUGGGUACAGUAAUGUAGUUGGCUUAUGGGAAACAGAUAUUUGUGUUUGAUUAGUGCCCUACUAUAUUUAUGGGUUUGUGUUUUGUGUAUCGUGAUUGGUGUAUGGACUACUCAAAGAGGAUGGGAUGAUACUAUCUCUUGGUUUGAUAUUAUUUAAUGUGGUUGGCGUUACUAUUGUCGUGUUGCUCGUGUAUUUACGUCGCAUGCACGCAUUUAUGAUAUGAGAAAGUGAUGUGUUUUUUUUUAAAAAAAAUAUUUUGAUACUUAAAAAAUUACCACUAUUGCUUACUCAUAUUUGGAUGAUUCCUAUGUUGAUGAGAAGUUAUAUCCGGCUCCAUUCCAUGGGGUUUUGCGGGACCACAGCGUUGAAUUAUUAAGGAGAAAUAUACAUUUAUGUGUGCGUGAGAGAGAGUGAGGCACUGGUUGUUGUGAAUAGUCACUAGUCAUGGUAGGUGUCAAACAAAAGAAAGAAUCUUGUACAGUGUUUUAUUCAACUUCAUUGAUCUCAUCUUCUACACCGCAUCUGAAGCCUACUAUUGCCUGGAGCACCAUGUUAUAGGACAUGUUUUUCUUGUAAUAAUGGGCUCUCCUUGACUUAAUUAUUGUGGUUAACAUUUUUUUAGAUUUAAAAUAUUGGUAAUCCAAACAAACAAAUCUAGGGUGUAUUUGGAUUUAUAUUAGAAUAUUUGUGAACAUAUUGAAGUAAACACAAGCUCCUAGAAGUUUAAAUGUGAAUUUAAACAAGCUCGAAAAAAUGAUUUUGGAGUUGAAUUAGAUGGGCGGUUAAUAUUCUCUUAACUAUGUGUAUAUUUGAAGAAAAAGGAGGAUUGUGGUAUCUAUAGAGAAAGCUAAAAUAGUAAGAAUAUUGUGGAAAAAGUUGAAGAGUGGGGCUUGGUGAAUGGGGAGGCAUAUAUUCCUCAGACGGAGGUAUGAAAGAUGCAUGGCUUUCCCUUGGCGGACAGAACAACAAGUUACUUUUGUGAAAGGUAUGGAUGGUCUGAAUUUUUUGAACCAUCGCAUUUCUGAGAAGAAGGCGCGCUUCACAUUAUACGUAACGUCUCCAUUAGCUAAUUUAGUGGCUAAGGAAUCGAAUCAAACACUUCAAAAUUAAUUCUGAUUUU